AUGGCUUAUGCACCAGCUCAAGACCUGCUCGAGCUGAUCCUAGCCGAACUCCGCAGCCCGGCCCUCGGCACGGCUGUGCUAGGGUGCCUGGGCAAGCUGCUCUCCCGCUUCAGAGGACUGCCGAGCAGGGCCGGCUGCGAGGCCUGCUUGAGGAGGUUGUCGACUGGGUACUGCUGGGAGGCCUACAGGCGCGGGCGAUCGAGGUGUACUCUUCGAGGGCGAAGUGCAGUCAGAGUGGUUCGACAGCUUCAAGCGCAAGGCCCAGCAGCUGCCCGCCGCGGGGCCCGGGGAGAAGCCGCGGCUAUCAGGGCCCUGUUCUCGUUCAACUUCCAGAACGCGCACUUGAAGGAGGCGCUGGCCUCGUUCGUGAAGGAGCACGCUGACCUUCUGGAGGACGAGAGCAAGGAUGUGCGGAUGGCCACUGCGCAGGCGGCGUUCAUGCUGUACGUGCGCCGCGGCAGGUUCGGUGAGAUCGGCGAGCUGAUCUUCACCCAGCUGUGCGAGAACGGCGAAAACUUCGACGCGCACAUGGUGGUGCCCACCAACCUGCAGAAGCUGUUCAUCUGCGUGUGCGAGCCCAACCCCGCCAUCCAGAACAUGGUCAUCCAGAUCCUCUCUCGCCUGGCCGCCCAGUCGCCCGGCACUCAGCUCUCCGCCGGCGACUUCGAGAAGGAGCUGCUUGCCCGCAUCACCCUCCUGCGCACCCUGGUCCGCACUCCGGCCAGGUGGUCCAGCCCCACCUCUCCGCCAUCUGCGAGCUGGUGCUCAGACACCUCGCCCACGGCGCUGCCGUCAACACCCCGCCCUGACAAGAGCAACUCGCGGCGCAGGGAGGCGGCUCUGCGCUGCCUGACGAGCGUGGUCAAGCACACGGGGUUCGUGGUGGUGCCCUACGUGCUGUACCCAGAGCUGAUGCCAGUGCUGGGGGGGCUGGGGGCGGUGGACGACAGCGUGCUGCGGCAGGCCGAGCAGCGCGCCCUCUUUGGGGACACGCGCGAGGAGCUAGCCCGGAAUCUCUUCAAACAGCAGCUCUACUUCUUCACCAAGAAGGACAACGCCCUCCGCACUGAGGCCGAAAAGCCCCACUGGCACGAGCUCUACGACUACUACGAGGACCUGGCCUUCCUCGAGAGCCACACCUUCGUCGGCAAGCGCCCUCGAGAGGCCGCCGCUUCCGAAGGCCCGCCACCUAGCCUCUCAAGGUCGUCCCUGAGGAGGAGCCCGAGCUGCACCAGCGACUGCCUGCGGUUCUUCAUGCCGAACGUGCUGGCGCUGCUGGGCCGGCCGGGCCUGCAGGAGCCCCUGCUUCGGCUGGUAGAGAAGGUGAUCCGCAGCUGCCAGCGAGACUUUCCGCGGGAGUGGGUGUACAGAAUCAUCAACAUCUACAUGGAACUCGAGGCCUUCAUGAACCCCUUCCUGCAUAUGGUCCUGCCCUUCCUCUGCUCGGAAAUGCUCUCCGCCAAGAUCGGCAGCGUGGACCUGGACCUGGUGCGCGAGCUAUUCCCGGCUGCUGACCAGCUUCGCAGCCAGCUGCCCGUCGACCAUCCAGAGUGGCGCGCACCUCCGCUGGUGAACGCCGCAGUUGCCAUGCUGCUGUACUUCAAAGAGAACUUCCUGGUCUACCUGCCUCUGAUCAACCAGCCCACCCUGCCCGCAGACCCUGAGCCCGAGGGGCACUUCGAGGGACACCUGCGCAUCAUCAGCGAAUUCACAUCUGGAAAGGCGAUCUUCAACGAGGACUGGGGCGAGUGGCUGCGCAAGACCAGUCAGGAGCUGCUGCGGCUGUCCCCGCACCCGAUCCUGCGCUGCUGCUGGGCCUUGGGCGAGGAGUAUCAGCGCCUGGCCUCGGCCCUCUACAACGUGGCCUUCAGCGAGGUCUGGAGCUACCUCUCGGACACCCAGAAGAUCCAGGUGGUGACCGAGCUGAGCAGGAUCAUCGAGAACCAGGCCUGCGCGGGCAUCCACCAGGACAUCCUCAACCUGGCCGAGCACAUGCUGCACGAGCGCGAAUAGCUCAAGAUCUCGUUCGUGACCCUCAGCGACUGCUCCGAGCGCGCGAAGGCCUACGCGAAGGCCCUCUACUACCGCGAGCGCGAGUUCGAGAAGUUUCCGGAGCGGAACCUGGCACCACCUCCUGCUCAUCUUCAACGAGAUGGGGCACAGCGACUCCGCCCAGGGCGUCAGCACCCUCAUGGCGUCAGACCAGCCCCGCGCCCGCGCAGAGAACCCUCACGACUGGGAGCUCGUCCUCAACGACAACCGCAACCAUCUCAAUGCACGUCGGCGGGACCCACCACCAUCGAGCUGACCAAGCUGCGCUGCCUCAGCUCGCUCUGCGAGUGGGAGGAGGUCAUAAACAGCGAGCUGGCUACCCGCAGCAGCGACGUCGCGGAGCUGGCAUGCGGGGCAGCUCUGCACCUGCAGCGGGCCCUCGAGGGGCAGGUAACCAAGCUGCUGCUCGAGUCUUACGGCCGGGCCUUCGACGGGCUGCUGCGGCUGCAGCAGCUGUUCGAGAUGGAGGAGAUCAUUGACCUCAGGGUGCUGGAGCAGCGGGUGGACCGCCUGAAGGACGGCAGCUACCUGGAGAAGAAGGAGCUCUUCGCCAAGAGCUUCGCGAAGAAGAACUCGCUGAAGGAGGUGUGGAAGGACCGGCUGCGGGGGGUGUCCCCGCAGAGUGGAGGUGUGGCUGAGCUGCUGUCGGCGGCACCUGCCGAGCGGCGGCUGGAGCUGGCGCUGAGCUCGGCUCGGGGGUUCAUCCGGAGCAUCGGGCUGGGCAGCCAGACGGGCGAGCUGGGCAAGUUCUGCCAGCAGGACACGCUGCGGCUGCUGGACAUCGUCUUCAAGCACGGGGCCGAUCAGCUCAUCGCUGCAGAGUUCCGGGAGUCCUUCAAAGUGAUCAGCGUCGAGCUGUGGAUCUUCGUGAUCCCGCAGAUCAUCGCCCGGAUGGGGGCGGUGAACGCACACCCCCUGGAGCGGAUGCUGCACGACCUGCUCCUGCACGUGGGCACGCACCACCCCCAGGCGCUCGUCUACCCCCUCAUCGUGGCCUCGAAGUCCAAGCACCACAGCCGGCUCAAGAACACCCCGCUGCUCAAGGAGAUGAAGAGCAAGCACGGGGCCCUGCUGACCGAGGCCGAGAUGAUCGCCGACGACCUGAACCACGCCGCCAUCAAGCUCAACGAGCUGUGGAACGAGGGCAUCUACGAGGCCAUCAACACCUUCAUGGGGGACAAGCUUCCCGACCUGUACCGCUCGCUGCUGGCACUGCACGAGGAGACCAAGCGCCGCGCCCUGUCGAACAGCGACCGUGCUUCCUGCAGGAGUUCGGGGGCGCUGGGGCAGGCGGAGGCGUGGCUGCGGAAGUGCCGGGGGGAGAAGGGGCUGGACGAGGUGAGCGUGUGCCAGGCGCUGGGACUGUACUACGUGAUCUACGACCGCACGAAGCAGAAGCUCAAGCAGACCGACGAAUCUUCCUGGAAAACAGUGUCGCCGCGACUGCUGGCCAGACGCAACUACAAGAGCUCGGUGCCCGGGCUGUACAAGCCCAACCGCCCGAUCACCCGCAUCGGAGUUCAACACGAGCUGCCCGUGCUCAUGUCCAAGCAGCGGCCCCGCAAGCUGGAGCUGUACGGCAGCGACGGCAAGCAGUACGGGUUCCUGCUGAAGGGGCGCGAGGACCUGCGGCAGGACGAGCGGGUCAUGCAGCUGUUCUCGAUGGUGAACAAGCUGCUGCUGAACGACCCCGAGACCGAGCGGAAGGAGCUGCGGAUCGUGCGGUUUUCAGUGGUGCCGCUGUCGGUGAACACGGGGCUGAUCGGGUGGGUGCGCAACUGCGACACCCUGCAGCGCGUGAUCCAGGAGUACCGGGACAUGCACGGGAUCAGGAGCGUCGAGUUCGAGCUGCUCGACAGCCUCUGCAAGCACUACCAGGUGCUGCCCCUCUACCACAAGCUCGAGAUCUUCAGGUACAUCCUCGACAACACCCGCGGCCAGGACAUCCACGCUAUGCUCUGGCUCCGCUCCCCCAACAGCGAGACCUGGCUCGAGCGCCGCACCAACUACACCCGCUCCCUCGCCACCAUGAGCAUGGUUGGCUACAUCCUCGGGCUGGGCGAACGCCACCCCUCCAACAUCAUGCUCCAGCGCAACAGCGGCCGCGUCGUCCACAUCGACUUCGGCGACUGCUUCGAGGUGGCCAUCCAGCGCGAGAAGUAUCCUGAGAAGGUGCCCUUUCGCCUCACCCGCAUGCUCGUCAAGGCCAUGGAGGUGGCCGCCCUCAAGGGCUCUUUCCGCAUCACUUCCGAGGCAGUCAUGCGCGUCCUCCGCAGCCAUCGCGAGUCCCUCAUGGCCAUGCUGGAGGCCUUCGUCUACGACCCUCUCAUCAACUGGCGGCUGCUGGCCGAGGACAAGGAGCAGAAGGUAGCCCAGCCGGCCGAGGACCCGCCGCACAACAGCCUGAUCUUCAGCCAGAUCGAGAUCGCGUUCAAGCACGAGCACGAGCUGAAGCCAGUGGAGCGGCUGAACCAGCGGGCGCUGGAGGUGACGGAGCGGAUAAAGAAGAAGCUGCGGGGCAAAGACUUCGGGGAGCACACGCACGACGAGGUGGAGCAGGUGAACCGGCUGAUCGAGGGCACCUCCUACGAGAACAUCUGCCAGAGCUACCUGGGCUGGUGCCCCUUCUGGUGA